ACUUCAUCUUAUCAACCUUCCCCUAUUUUAUGCAGAUUUCCAAGAAUCAAGCUGCCGAACUAUCGUAUAUCGACAUCACCCGCUUGACGUUUGAAGCCGUCAUGCAAGUGGUGAUCAUCUGCCUUGCCGGCUUUUUUGCGGCCAAAUCGGGCCUCUUGAACACAAACGGACAAAAAGUUAUUUCAUCCUUAAACGUCGACUUGUUCACUCCUUGCUUGGUGUUCAGCAAGUUGGCGCCCUCGUUGUCGUUCAAAAAAAUGGUCGACAUCAUCGUCAUCCCCAUUUUCUUCUGCUUAUCCACUUCCAUAUCGUAUGUUUCUUCUCGCUUCAUGGGCAGAAUACUACACUUGAAUGAGCCAGAAACUGAUUUCGUGACGGCCAUGGGCGUGUUUGGAAACUCAAACUCGUUACCGGUGUCGUUGACGUUGUCUUUGGCAUAUACAUUGCCCGAUCUUUUCUGGGACGAUAUCGAAGGUGAUACCAGCGACCAAGUGGCUUCUCGAGGAAUACUAUAUUUGCUUAUAUUCCAGCAAUUGGGCCAGAUUUUACGGUGGUCCUGGGGCUACAACAAGUUGUUGCGCACGCGAUCCCAUGAAGAAUUGACAACCUACCACAACAUCAAAAGUGACAACGAGUCAGCUGACGGCACCGGCUCCAGCGACAAUGGAGAAUCCCGGUCAUUAUUGGCAGACCAAUCGUCCAGGAUGUUAACGUUUACGCAGGCUGUAGACGACUCGUCCGACGACUCUUCCGACGACUCAUCCAUGCCACCACCAACGGGUGUGUGGGCCAAGAUCCGGGAAAAUAAGUAUUUGCAGCAAUUUUUGGGGUUCAUGAAUCCUCCACUUUAUGCCAUGUUAAUUUCAAUUCUCGUGGCAUCGGUGCCCCAGUUGCAACGGUUGUUUUUCACCAAGGGAACGUUUAUGUCCAACACCGUCACCAAAGCCGUCAGUCAGCUUGGAUCGGUGUCGAUUCCCUUGAUCUUGAUAGUGUUGGGUUCCAACUUGUACCCAUCGAACGACAUUCCACCUCCUUCCCGCCAUUACAACAAGAUCAUUUUCGGGGCGUUGUUGUCACGGAUGCUUCUCCCGUCGUUGGUGCUUCUUCCGGUGAUCACGUUGUGUGUACGGUUUUUCAAAAUCAGCAUUUUGGACGACCCCAUUUUCUUGCUUGUGGCGUUCAUUUUGACGACAUCGCCGCCGGCCAUUCAGCUUAGUCAGAUCACCCAGUUGAACGGGAUCUAUCAGAAGGAGAUGUCGGGGGUGUUGUUUUGGGGAUACGUGGUGUUUUCGCUUCCUUCCACCAUAUUUAUUGUGGUGGUGAGUUUGGAGGUGUUGAAGUGGGCCAACCCAUAGGGGCUUUGACCCCAUAGGUUGAGGUCCUUCUGACCUUCAAAACUCAACUUCACCAAGCUGUUUCUGUACUACAACUAUGAGAAACACCUUACGCAUUAGUUGCAGCCAUUAUUCGCAGCAAUGCGACAGUUUAUAGAAAUUCAUUGCUUUAACUACCA